GAGCGUCGCGACGCCUUGAAGAGCAGUAGUCGCGUAUCUUAGCUUCCACCUUGCCGGCUCAGACGGGCAACUUGUAACGUUUGCGAUUUCGACGUCCGCAAACGAAUGUCGAGGGAUCAUUUAAGAGCAUACACGACAGUGAAGGAAUUCUCUCGUUUGGAGUGUCCCUUUAACUUGAACCGAUUCUCCUAAAAGCGGGAUUUAUUAAUAUCGGAGCUUUUAGCUAGCCGUUAUUGCCGAUUCGACGACUUCUCUGAUCGAAGCGAAUCGCGCGCUUGGCAUUCAAGCUAGUCGUCGCUCGUAGCGGAAUACAUUUCCUUCGUGAUCCUCGGUGAUCACAAGUGUUUAAGUAAACUGGCAUAUCUCUGCCUUGCGCGAAGCGUAUUUGUUUCGCUGGAUGUGUCUUCCGGUGAACGGUGAGACGACGUGGGUCGUCUCGCGAGUGAAUAGAGAAAGCGAGAUACGUAUACGCCGGCUGGCAUGGUAGAGUGUGACUAGGUGGUCUCUCGUCGAGACGAGCCGUCCUUAUCGUGCACGAGGCCGCCAAGAGACACAAUUCCGCGAAGGUGGUUCGCGUGGCGAGGCGGGACAAGGACGGGACAAGGAUGGCGGAGCGUCCCGAUGGAGGCAGGAGACGCUCGCGUCGCGACAGUGCGGACACUGCGAGCUCGAUACGCGGGACACCACCUACGUCGAAAGAUCGCAGGACCAAACGGUCCGGCAAGCCCGUCAAGGAACGAUGGCUGCUCACGAGAAAGACGUGGCGAUACAUGGCCGAUGCCGGCCGACGUCUCAUCCCCGACGGUACUCACAAUCGUCCAGAGGACAUACCAAAGAUCGAGCAAUACUUUCAAGAGGUGUGCCAGAAAGAGCCGCGCUUCCUGCUCUGGAGGAAGGCCUCGUAUCCUGGCAGCCUGAGCUUUCGCUCGCAGCGACGCCGCAGACAUAUCAAAGGCGGCAGCUGUCGGACUCAGGCUGGCUCGGCUGACGAGGCCGAUGACGCGAGGAACUCGCCGCAGAGCUUCGUCCUUUGCGCAGCCACGUCUGGCAAGUUUGAUCUAGCCAAGGCGAAGAAAGAGUGGCUGCUGACGUCAGGCGGUAGCAACUACGGCGGUGGCGAUGACGACAGCAUGCCAUCGAGUCCGGUAACGCGUCGCAAAACACUCGAGGAGGACGUCGAGGCCAAGGAGCUGGCCGACAUGCUGCAAAAGUACCUCAACAUGCAGGCUGAUCCAUCCAGGAUGGCCAUCGAGUCACGAGGGGCACUAGCCGAGCAGAUGGGCGAGAAAGAGCCGUUCGACUAUCGUAGCCUGAUAGAUAAGCUGCAACAGCAUCUAAAUACGAUUGUCGCUCAGGCUAAACGUGACAAGAGUUCUCCUAGUCAGAGCACUUCUCCUAGUCAGAGUGGGCAAAACCUGGUCCCGGCAUCCAUGUUGCCGUAUCAAGGUGAUUACGUACAUAAAUCACUACUGGAGACGCUCAGUCGUUAUUACGGCAAAUCGUCCUCCCGAGAGCACGUUAUAUCCGAUAUCUUGACGGAUCGCAAACUCCUCGAGAAACUCUACUUCGAUCUGAGAUGCACCAGAGGUUUCAGGGGACCCCGAGCGACCGGAGCAUACAGUUCGCCGUCCGCUCGUUGGUGGGCUCACGACAGAAGUUAUACGGCUAGUAACCGGUCGCUUAACAGAGACCCGCUCUCGCCACCGCCUCUAAUCGCUGUCCAAGAACCUAGCACCGAGCGAAGCUUUCUCAAUAAUGGCGUGCAAACCGAGCCGAUUUCUCAACACGUCCUCGACAUUUGUCUAUCGGAGAGGGAAAGGGAAGAGUUAUCGCAAAAGGAGCAAAUGUCACACAAGUCCAGCGGACGAAGACGCAGUAGCGUCGACAACGACGACGUCUCACCGUCCGUGGGCGAUACCAUCAAGAGGUAUCUACGGAUGGCGCGGAAAAAGUCCAUGGACGCGGACAAAAUGGACCGUUUUAAGCGGGUCAAUUAUGAUCGCAAUUUACGCAACAUCAAAGCCAAGGGGGAAAUUAGCAAGCCUGGCGACGACGACGGCGAUAACAAGGGCUGCCAGACGGAGGAUAAUUGGGUGGUGCAUUAUCGCGAGAUGUCCGGUCUCGGAGAGGUCCCGUCCGAAAAUUUAUCGGAUGCAGACACGACAACGUCCCCACCAGUCAGUAGGAACGCUAGUUCCAGAAGCAGUAUCGACGCCGGCCUCGGUUCCGAAGAGGCCUCUUCCACCCCCGUCAAGCAUCCCCAUCAGUCCUUUCUCUCCCAUCUCUUGCAUGGUUCCAACUCGCAUAAGGAUAAACCGCACUCGGCACCCGGUUCGCCGGCACUCACGUCAUCGUCCGCCAAUUCCGCAGGUGGCACAGCGAUGCAGAAGAGCAAAUCCUCGAGUAGCGUGGUGCAUCACGGCAGCCGGCUGGUGGCAAAGAAGAUUUGGCGGUCCAGGAGCAAGAGCACAUCGAGGGCAUCGCAUCAGCCAUCCGUGUGGACUCCUCAGGGAAAAUGUACAUGGGCAGGCACAGGGAAUCGGCGUGUUACUCUACAGGAUACAUCGUUGCGAGCGCUAUCCGAUAUUGAGAAGAAAGUCCUCUGCAAAGUAGCCGUAGCGAAACUUCAAGCUCUCAAUCUGGGUGUACAUAUUAGACCACCAAGUGAAUCACUCGGCACCGGGUCAGUGACCACGAAGCCAAAGAGACGAGCGUAUUUGCUUAAGAGGAAGGCUCUCACAACAGGCUUCUUCGACAACAAAGGGAAAGAUGAGAAGGAAAAAGACGUCGCAGGUGGUCUAGUAUUUGGUAUACCACUAUCGCAGUGCAUAGAGAACGAUAGGAUUACUAGAAUCGCCGCUGGAGAGGUGACCGAUGUCGGUUGCUUGAGCAGGAGUAGUCGGCACGGUAGUAGGGCCAGUUUCUCUAGCCUCAUAGAAACACCAACGACUGUGACAGCGAAAACGGAAGAGGGAGGUUCCUGCGAGUCCCUGUCAUCAAAAGGAGGUGCUCUUACAGGAAGCGAUUCUGGAGUGCUCGAGUUGAGUGACAGUGGUGGGGGAUGCCUUGUCAGUGAAUGGGACAUGGUACCAGGUAUCGUGAGACAAUGCAUUAGACACCUCGAGGCCACUGGUCUCCGGACGCUAGGUGUGUUUCGCGUGUCACCCUCGAAAAAAAGGGUGAGACAGUUAAGAGAAGAUUUUGAUUGCGGUCGGGAGACAAAAAUAGGUUCCGAUCAAUGUCCCCAUGAUGUGGCUACCCUCUUGAAGGAAUAUUUCCGUGAUCUGCCGGAUCCCUUGCUUUGUAGAGAGUUAUAUCAGGCCUUUGUGCACACUCAAAAAAUCAGAAACAGGCGACUACAGCAAGAAGCUCUGCAGCACCUCAUUCAACUUCUACCCACGCCAAAUCGCGAAACUCUCUGGGCACUUUUAAACUUUUUGAGUGUCGUUGCGGCAAAUAGUGAGGACGAAAAAAGCGAGACAGGAGAAUGGAUCUCAGGGAAUAAAAUGGACACGACAAAUCUCGCGACUGUGUUUGCUCCAAAUAUCUUGCAUUGCGUCAAGCCAGGUCAAAUGAGAUCGGAGGUCUCAGCGCAAAGGGCCGAGGAAAGAAUAGAUGUGAUAAAUGUGAUGCGAGCACUUCUGGAGCAUACAGCGACAUUGUUCACGGUACCAGCGGCGUUAUUGGAUGAAGUAUACCAGCACAUGAUGGAUACUCAUCCACCAGAGUUGGAUAUCGCCCUGUCUCGUCGCGUCGAUGAUCAAUGCGGAGAUGAUAUAGAUCCCUGUAGCGAGGCGGAGACGUUCUCGGUAGAGGAGACGCUGACUAUGUCGACGACAACGACGACGAAAAAGAUGUGGACGAGAGAACAAUGUUUACAUCAGAGUGCGGGUAUCGGCGGUGAUAUUGGACCAAAGCACCGACGACCAAAGAGACCAGGAAGUCGAAGGAAGGAUGAGGGCAGGAGCAACAGUGUCGAUAGCGGAUCGAGUGAAGAUCCGUCCGAUCCUCGGCGAAGAUCUUCGCCGAUAAUUAUUACCGCCAGUCUCACCAUACCCAUGUCCGACGCGUUUACCUUGAACCUCGACGACCCGGACAUUCCUUACAUCGAGGAAGCACCAAGGCAACCGAGCGCUCCCCCGAGGCGACAGAGGCAAAGAUCCAUUUCCGGUUGCAGCGAAGGAGGACGACACGGAAGUGACAGUGCCGUGGGUUCCUCGGCGACCCUAUCAGGCGAUCAAGCGUUGAGUUCCCCGCCCUCGUGGGCGUCGUCGCCUCCGGCGAGUCCCGACAGUGCGGUCACCGCUGUUUCAUACAUCCCGGAUCAGCAGGCGGUUCUCCAGAGAGUCUCAUUCACGACCUCGAGUGAGGUAAAGCAGGUCAACAGAUCCACUGGCCAGCAGGAGGCAAGUAGAAGUACAGCGGUGCCAUACACGCCAAGCAUCACUAGUAUCGGAGGUGCGGUUUUGAGGUCCAAGACCGCCGAUAUCGAAAGAAUGCUACAGAUCUCGCGGUCAGAUGUCGAGCCCGCGAACUUGCAAACGAGCAAGAAUUCGACGGUGACCUCCAGCGAGAGCAAAAAGUACACCAAGAGGCGAUACACGGACUCGAGGCAUCAGACGCGCCAUAUACCCGAUGCCAACACCUUGGCUGGCAAGACACCACUUGGCGAGACAUCCACGUCGGCGACUUCGCCUUCCUCCUCCGCCUCUUCGACAGUAUCGACGCAGAAGCAACGCGUGCCGGCGCAAUCGGUGUGGAAGAGGCGAGAAUUGAUCUCCAGUGCUCCAAAAGAUAGGGAGGGAUACUUUUAAUUUAUUAUCUGCGAUUACAUAUAAUAUCGAAUCGAGAUUCGAAAUUGCUUGUCGAAUUAUCUACAUUAUUAUUUUUAUAAUAAUUUAGAUUAUUAUCAAACCCCUUUUCUUCCAAUGUGUACGUCAGAUCUAUAAUGUAAUUUAAUAUCGAUAUAAUUGAAAGAUACACGAAAAGUUUUAACGCUCAUGGACAUCUUUUGCAAUACGCCGCUUUUUCAACUAACUUUACAAUAAAAUAUUUAAAUUAUUCUAGCAAAAAGAGAUUUCUAAAAUUAACAUUGUACGUCACA